AUGAGGCGCAUUUACCGAGUAACGUGGAUACGAGCAUUUAGACACGUAUCUCUACGCAAGUUUAUGAACACAUCGGGCGACCCUAAUGUUUCCGAUGUAAAGUUCUCUUUCACAGAGCGGAUGUCCUCUAAUUCUUCGUCUCCUUCUUCCAUGGCCACCCCGGAAAUAGAGGAAUCGGGAGUAGUGCCGUUUCUUUCUUCAUUAUCAUCGGACCUGGACACUUUGCAGAAACGGUGGAUGCGAUGUUUUCGUGUAUGUAUCACAAGUACACCACGAGUGGUCAUUGAAGCAAAAUCAAUGGAUAGUGACGUUUGGACACAAGUGGUCACUAUGAAAACUACACAAUUGCCGCGUGGGCUCAUCAAGACGGUUGAGGAUGUCUUGUCCCUUCCAACUGAGGCAGAAAAUCGUCGUGUGACUGUUAUAGAUUUGCGUGACAGACCCGAGGACAUUGCUGUGGCUCAGCAGAUUUUAGCAAAGCGAUUUCCGGGACUCCGGUUGCAAAUUGAUCAUUCCAAAGGGACAGAUCUUCAAGGCACCGUUACGCACACUGUCUCUGUUUCUCUGCGUGACCACGGUUUUGUCGAUGGCUCGCCUUCCAAGGAGGAGAAGUCAGUCAAGGAGACCUUUUUUGGAGAGGCCAUUGGCGCUAGCUUUGCGAGCACAGCACGGCGUGCUCUUCGUGAGGCAUUUGAGGCGGCUGGUAUUCCACCACCUCCAAGACACUUUGAGCGCGAUCAAGGGGAAAGUGAGAUGGAGAUUUAUCUGGAAACCAUUCGGAACGCCACAAACGAAACGAUCGAGAUCAUGACAUCUCUUGUUGGAGAUGACCAUGUACAGGUGAUAGUGCAAUCCUCUAAUGGACGCCGGCUUGGUCUCUUAAAGGGACGCAGGGAUGAUGCUCUAUCUAUUGUUCUUGCAUGUGUGGAGAGGGCUGCGGAAUGUACAAAUCGCAUAGCGACGGAAGAGGCUCGUAAACGUAUUGCAGACCACCCUGUGGUAUUGGCUCUUCCUCCUAAAGGCCUUCGUCCCAAGGAGAUUUUGCACCGCUUGCUGUUUCAUACCUUUGGAUUGACAAACGAGCGAAUUCGUGUUUUGACUUCACAAGGUGAUGGCGGUACGUUCGUCACUACUGUUGAUGCAGAGUUGCACUGGAGUGUUACAGUAAACACUGAACGCCCUGUUUUUUCCACCCUUUCUAGAGCCGUGGGAGUGAGUAAAAAGGCGGCAGAGGAGCUUGCAUGUGUAAAGGCAAUUCAGCGCUGCUUUCCUCGUGUUUUUGAAGACCAACUCUCUUUUCAUGCCGAUGUGAGGGAAAUUAUAAAUUCCACAAAGGCGACGGAUAAGGAUUCUAUUUGCCCGCAUAUAUCAAAGGGGCUUUUGGCGCAGUUGCGUUGGGCCGCUCAAUGUCAUAAGAAGGAAGUGUUAAUUGAAGCAGUACAGCUGCUUCCAAAUUCUGAAAAUGAAUCGCUCGGGAUACGUACGACAAGAGCUCUCUGGGCGACGCAGCUUUUUCUGGUGGAUCAACAAGGCACACGUGAUUUUAUAUGUCUUGCAUUGGAUCCAAAGAAAUCUGCAAGUGAACAGAAGGCAAUUGCGGCUGCAAUAUGGAAGAUUUUUAGGGAAGAAUGUAGCGAAGGUGUUACGUAUGCGAUAGACCGGGGACUUAUUGAUAAAGAAGGCAAUGCUACCUCCUGUGAAGGUAUUUCAACAUCUGAACCGUUACCAAAGAAUGACUAUGAACUUGCAGCAGAGUCCGAUCCAUUCAUUCAAAAAUUACAAAUUGUCCCCUCACAGAGUAUUUCUGUCCCACAUCGGCAAUCGCUGCUAAGUGUGUUUCGUCGUGGAGUUCAACUAUAUAUUGAUCUCUUGAAUGAACGGAGUGGAGGUGGCGGAGUUUAUGGUACUUCUAUCGGACAGUUAAUUGAGUUCACAGAUAGAAAUUUAAUGGAUGGUUCAUUUAAGGCACAAAUACUUGUGCAGUUCUCGGGAGAUGGCGUAGACAUAACAAAGGAAACCCUAGGAGAGGCCUUUCAUCCAAGUUCAGCCAUCAUUGCUCUCUUCUCCGCGUUUAAAGGUCUAUUUGAGGAAGAAGGCAUUAUUGCGAAGGCUGCGAGGGAAGAUAAACAGGUGGAGAGUAUUUACAGAGAUACUUGCCAACGUGCAGAAGAGAUCCCCCCGUUGCCAUUGGAAAUUUCCACAUCCAACCCGCUGGAAACUGUUGCCCAAUGUAUAAUGUUGAAGUAUGGUUUAGGGGUUGAAUUGCGUAUUUCUGGUGGAGGCAAUGUGGUUCAGGUGCAAUUUUUUGGUCAGAGCCCGGCUCACCUGGGUUCUGAUCACCUUGUCACUUCAUCGCAGUUUUUCUUAGGGCAUGGCCGAGGGAACUCUCUUUUGAAGGCUGUUGUGUCGUGUUGCAAAAACGUUUUUUAUGCGCAUGUUUGCUCCAAGAGUGAGGCUCUUGGAGGAGCGAGGUUAUCUGCCCUAAAUUCCGGGACGGUACAAGUUCUUUUUCAGGGGAAGUCGAUUCUUGCUUCGCGAGUAGAGGACGUAAUGAAAGAAAUUUUGGAAAACAAAGCGGUCUCGUCGGCAGCUUCCAUUCAUGUUAAGGUAAGUAUUCACUCCGUAGCUGAGGGAACGAUGUAUCAAGCACACUUGUGUGUCGUGGAUGGAGCACGGGUGGUUGAGCUGGAGCGAACUUCGUUGGUGGCGGAUCUCCUGCUUUCACUACGGCAGUUAACAGAAAACAUCAUCCGGGAGAUGGGUGGUCCUACUGUCGAUAUUGACGCGAUACAACGACAAUGCACAGGACCAUUGCGGUAUGGCACCUUGCAACAACUGCUAGAAGUUUUUUAUGGAUUCCCGCUUCUGGUGGAAACAUCACUGAAGGAUCAUCGAUGGCACUGCCGCUUAAGCGUACAUUUAUUUGAGGAGUUCUAUUACGCACUUGCUUACUCUGUCAAUUUGAAGAAAAAGGAGGCAGUGGAGAAUGCGGCGAAGAAAGCACUGGAACAUUGCUUUGGGGCGGCUUCACGGGUCGCAGGAUCACAGGAGACUUCAACAGCAAAGAAAUCAACCCCAACCGUAGAAAAAAUAGGAUGCGCAGAGGAAGAUUUUGGAUUUGUGUACAAGAAGCCAGAUAACAGAUGCACUCCCUGGAAUUAG